AUCCACGUAGUCAAAAUUCUGAGGCCAAAAAUCUAGGUUGAAAUUCCCACUUAAACCGUGUCCAAUCUUUCUUCAUUCCAAUUCAAUUUCAAUUUCUCUCAUUUUUCAUAACAUUCCCUUCCAUUCCUCUUCCCACUUUCCCAAGCUUUCAAGUUUACAUUUUUCAAUUAAUACCACAAAUCCCCAAUUUCAAAGUAUUAAUUCAAUUCAUUCAUGUUGUUUAAGCUUAAUCAUAUCCAUUGUAAUGACCCUUUGUUCAUUCUCUUCUCUUCUAUCCAUAUCCAUUCAUGAUUCUUCAACAAGCUUCUCCUACUUUUCACUUCUCUCUUUGUCCCUGCAACAACAAUUAUGCUUCCAAUUCUCUUCUUUCCUUUCCCCUUUCCAAAACCAUGAAAAAGCGCUUAUUUUCAAAUCACUACUCAUAUCGCAAAUUCCGUAGAAAAAAAUGGACCCUUUAUUCCUCUUCUAUUCAAAAACAAUCUGCAACUACUUCCAAUCCCAAAUUCGCUAAUUCUUCUAAAAGGGGUGCGAAAAGUUUUGUUUUUGAUGGCAGAAUUUCAAAUUCAAAUGAUGAACUUGAAGUUGAAGGUGGUGAAGUUGAAUUAAGGGAUUCGCAGGUUCAAUUGGGUUCAAAUUUUACUACUUUUCAAGAGGAUCCAAUUGUGGAUAAGCUUAGAACUCAGUUGGGUGUGAUUCACCCGAUUCCAUCGCCUCCUAUUAACCGACACGUUGCUGGUUUGUUUGUGUUUUUUUUCUUUGUUGGUGUUGUUUUUGAUAAAUUAUGGACUUUUAGAAGAAGGAGGAACAAAGUUAGUAGUGAAGAUAGUUUUCGCGGUGUGUGGCCGCAGGUUCCUACUAGUUUUUCGUUGUUUUUGGAGAAGGAUUUGCAGAGGAAAGAGUCAGUUGAAUGGGUGAACAUGGUGUUAGGGAAGUUGUGGAAGGUUUAUAGAGGUGGACUUGAGAAUUGGAUUAUUGGGUUACUUCAACCUGUUAUUGAUGAUUUGAAGAAGCCUGAUUAUGUUGAAAGAGUUGAGAUUAAGCAAUUCUCAUUAGGGGAUGAACCUUUGUCUGUUAGGAAUGUUGAACGUAGGACUUCCCGCCGUGUCAAUGAUUUACAGUACCAGAUAGGCCUUAGGUAUACUGGAGGUGCUCGCAUGCUGUUAAGUCUUUCUCUUAAAUUUGGCAUUAUUCCGAUUGUUGUACCUGUUGGUGUUCGAGAUUUUGACAUUGAUGGUGAACUUUGGGUAAAAUUGAGAUUAAUACCAACAGCUCCUUGGGUCGGAGCUGCUUCAUGGGCUUUUGUUUCACUUCCAAAGAUCAAGUUUGAACUGUCUCCAUUUCGUUUGUUCAACUUAAUGGCAAUUCCAGUUCUCUCGAUGUUUUUGACCAAACUUCUUACAGUAGAUUUACCUAGACUAUUUGUACGGCCAAACAAAAUUGUUUUGGAUUUUGAGAAGGGAAAAGCUGUUGGUCCCGUCACUGUUGGUCCUGUCGUUGAUGGUGUUAAAUCUGGAGAAAUGCAAGAAGGAAACAUGGAUUCUGUUGGUGAACUCUCCGUCACUCUUGUGGAUGCUCGAAAGCUUCCUUAUUUUUUUGGCAAGACAGAUCCAUAUGUUAUUCUUAGCCUUGGAGAUCAAACCAUACGCAGCAAAAAGAACAGUCAAACUACUGUCAUUGGCGCCCCUGGAAUGCCAAUUUGGAAUCAGGAUUUCCAUAUGCUUGUUUCCAACCCUAAAAAGCAGAAGUUAAGUAUCCAAGUUAAGGACGCUCUGGGAUUUGCAGAUUUGACCAUUGGUACUGGAGAGGUUGAUUUGGGAUCUCUUCAAGACACUGUACCAACAGACAGAAUUGUUGCUUUACAAGGGGGUUGGGUUUUUUUACGAAAGGGCUCGUCUGGGGAGAUAUUGCUUAGGCUAACAUAUAAAGCAUAUGUGGAGGAUGAGGAAGAUGACAAGACUGAGGAGGAUUCCAUUGAUAUAGAUGUUUCAGACGAUGAGUUGUCUGAUACAGAAGAAGCAAAUGUCACUGAUAAGAUGGGCGUAAGAGAAUCUGCGUACCCAACAGAUAAAGAAUCAUUUAUGGAUGUUUUGGCUGCAAUAAUUGUUAGCGAGGAAUUCCAAGGGAUAGUAGCAUCUGAAACAGGGUUUACCAAAGGUUUGGAUAAUGGCUCAAAUACAGGGUCUAAAGCAUCAAAAUCUCCUGUUGCCAAUGCGGAAUCAAUUCCUCCUAGUGCUGAUAAUUCUGAAGGUUCUUCUGGAGGGUCGGCCUUAUUUUGGCUUGCUGUGAUUACUAGCAUAGCAGUAUUAAUUGCUGUCAAUAUCAGUGGAUCAAGUAUCUUCAAUCCUUAAGAUGGUGUUCUGCUGCAUGCAAUCUUCAUCUUGGUUCAGCUAAAGUUGUGCAGUGGAUAUUAAUCAGAUCAUUUUUCUUUUAGCUAUUUGUCUAGUUUAGUAUAUUUGUAUAUGCAUGAGUACUGCUGUGGAGGAAAGCAUCUACUGGCGGCGCGUGAUUCUUGGCUUCAAUUUGUGAGAGCUACAAAUUUUAAUUCAGCUUAAACAUAUAUUAAUUGUUAUAUAUGCAAAUACAAACGAUAUUUUUUUUUACCAGGCAAUAAUAAAAUAGAAUAACAGGGUUUCUUUUACCAUUUCA